GAGGAGAGUACUCUAUGAUUUCUUUGGCACUAAGUGUCCUCUGUGACCCAAGAACCCUUAGCCUUUACCACUCUCUGUUCAGCUGCAAUUUUGGCACCCUAGCUAUUCUGUAAUGUGUGCAACAAAAGCCAACAAAAAAAAGCCUACGCUUUGUGAGAUAAGUGCAACCUUGCAUGGUACGAACACGGCUUGUUUUAACAGCCCUUAAAAAUACACCAGUAAUUGCAAGUUCACCAACAUGUUUCAUCUCUAGAUUACUUAAUCCACGAGUUUGACGAUAGGUCUCCUUUGAUUGAUAAAUAUUUUUAAGUCCCUUUUAACGUCAGUUUAUGAUGUAGAUCUCGUGCACGUGAUCCAUCUCACGGAGUUGCCUGUGCCACCACAGUUAGCUUAUUUAAUUAUUUAAUUUAUUUAUUUUAUGGGUAAUAGCCUCACAUGGGCCUGAGUGUCCCGUUCGCGCCCUCUCCUUUGGGCUUCAAAAUUUUGGGUUUUCGAAAUAUUAAAAUUCAGUCUAGCAGCAACGCCUAGAGGACAGAAGCAAGGAAAUUGAAUUUGCAAGUUCUUGUUUCGUCCCUCUGGGCCUCAUUGUCAAGCCAAAUUUUAAUACAUCUAAAGUAGCCUAUUGCAAUCACAUACUAGCAUGUUACAUACCUUCAAUGUAGAAGUGGUUUCAUUAGUGGACCCCAGUGACCCCCUCUUUGAAUGCAAGAGUUCCAUGUUAAAUGUUUGUAAACAAUGAGGUUCCAAAACUGUGGUUGUUUUAGUUUUUAUGACACCUCUACGGUUGGUGUCAUGACUCAUACGAUAGAGCUGAUGCUAAGGAACCUUUGAUUAAAUUUUUCUUAGGCCAUGCUGAUGGUGUCACUGCAACCAACACAGUGUCUGGCUUGAUGGGCUUGCGGCCAAAUGGUGCUGCUUGGCCAGCAGUUGGAAAGGAACAAAGGACCACAUAUGGUGGUGUGUCAGGGAAUGCAAUUCGCCCCAUUGCAUUGCGAGCUGUUUCUGCUAUUGGAAGAGCCUUACCUGGGUUUCCGAUCCUGGCUACUGGAGGAGUUGACAGUGCGGAAGCAGCAUUACAGUUUCUUCAUUGCGGAGCAUCUGCUGUUCAGAGCUCAUUCAAGACUUUUGGGAAUUGCAGAGAGAAUUUGACAGUAAUAGAUGAAACUGACUUUACACAAGAAGCACGAGAAGCUCUAAGCUAAGUAAAAUCCACCCUCAGCCUGCCCGCACACCAGUAAGAGCUGAAGUAAACAAAAGGUCUUCUAUUCUGAUUGAUGAUAAGUUGAAGGAGUUAAUUACCAAAGAAUAUUACAUGAAAAUAUUUGGUGUUUUCUAGCAUGAGUGAGGGAAAGUGAAAUGCUAAAAUCUUGCUGACUGUGAGUAAGUAAAAGACAUGAUGAUAAUUAAAAGUUUGUUUAUGCAAACGUUUCGAUUGUGAACGAGUGAGAGACUUCAUAAAACAAUUGUAUUAGAGAAAGCAAUUUGACAGCAGUGCUACUUUGUAUUCGUCACGA